AUGGAUCCUCACGCAUUCGACCCAUCAUUACAGAAGACUUCGCCAACACAUGGAUUCAGCGGCUUUCCUGAAGAACAAUGGCCCGGUAGGAAUAUCGCACAAUUGUUAUUAGGACUCACGCAGGGCACACGAUCGAUUGAGGAUUAUAUCACUGAAUAUUUGAACAUUGCUUAUUGGUCAGAUCUGCCGGACUGCGUGCUCAUAGACUUUUUCUGUGAGGGCAUCAAUCAACCACUUAAAAAACAACUAAUUCGUGAGGGACCCCGCUCCUCCCUUAGUCAUUUUCUGGAAUUUACACUAUUGACUGUUGGCUCUCCGUUUACUGUGGGUGUCGCGGAGGAAUGCGACACUUCAUCCAUUCACGUAAUUGCUGCUGUGCCAGAGGACACUCACAAGGUGGCGGCUACAACAACAACACCAAGUCAAGUCACAGUUGACCUCCGUGAGCCAAAUCACGUCUCCUCUGAUCUUCCAGAACAACGUCAUGUCCCCGCUGUUCUUCUAGAGUCACGUUACGUCUCUGGAUCUGUUUGGGAGUGGAGUGGGUUGCGUUCCAGUGUGGCUGAUCUACCGCUGACUUCAGCACGAGCGGCUGGCAUUCCUAAGCCUCCGCCGGUUGCUACGCACUCAAGCUCGCCGGUUGCUACGCACUCAAGCUCGCCGGUUGCUACGCACUCAAGCUCGCCGGUUGCUACGCACUCAAGCUCGCCGGUUGCUACGCACUCAAACUCUCCUGAUGCUAUGGACAAGAUGGCCGCUUUGCCAGUGCCCACGGGCAAGAUGGCCGUGCCGCCAGUGUCUGGGAACAUAGGGGUCGUCCCAGCCAGUGAGUCCGCUCCACCCCGUGAGCCCGCUGCAGCGCCCACCGAGGAGGUAGGCACAGAGCCACCGCCUCAACCAUGCAAACGGAGGAGGAGGAGGAAGAAGGCUUCCUCCAUCCCUCAAGGCCCGGAGGCCGUCCCAGAGCAGCCCGCUGCCGUCCCAGAGCAGCCCGCUGCCGUCCCAGAGCAGUCCGCUCUUCCUGAUACGGCCACGGAGGCCGGCGCCGAGCUCCUCGCCCUGCCGGCGCCACCCGCGCUCCUCGCCCUGCCGGCGCCACCCGCGCUCCUCGCCCUGCCGGCGCCACCCGCGCUCCUCGCCCUGCCGGCGCCACCCGAGCUCCUCGCCCUGCCGGCGCCACCCGAGCUCCUCGCCCUGCCGGCGCCACCCGAGCUCCUUACCCACGAAACCGCCACGGCCUCCAUUGAAUUCCCCAAGAACUUUUUGGGGGGGGGCCAUAUACCUGAGGGUGGGGAGCUUGUGGGUGGGGUCCCUGCACGGCCGCGAUCAUCAGCGGCCUCCGAAUUGCUUGAGCUUGCGGGUGGGGACCUUACACGCCCACGGUUGCCCAAGCCACCUGACCUGCCGUGGGUGCCCAAGCCACCUGACCUGCCGUGGGUGCCCAAGCCACCUGACCUGCCGUGGUUGCCCAAGCCACCUGACCUGCCGUGGUUGCCCAAGCCACCUGACCUGCCGUGGUUGCCCAAGCCACCUGACCUGCCGUGGGUGCCCAAGCCACCUGACCUGCCGUGGGUGCCCAAGCCACCUGACCUGCCGUGGUUGCCUAAGCCACCUGACCCGCCGUGGCUGCCCGUGGCACCUGACCCGCCGUGGCUGCCCGUGGCACCUGACCCGCCGUGGCUGCCCGUGGCACCUGACCCGCCGUGGCUGCCCGUGGCACCUGACCCGCCGUGGCUGCCCGUGGCACCUGACCCGCCGUGGCUGCCCGUGGCACCUGACCCGCCGUGGCUGCCCGUGGCACCUGACCCGCCGUGGCUGCCCGUGGCACCUGACCCCCCGUGGCUGCCCGAGUUCCUGGACCUGCAUUGGAGACCCCGUUCCCGUCUGCCAACAGGUCUCCAAUGUACCCACCCCCCCCUCCCUAUCUGUGCCAUUUACGCCGCGAGGACGCGCCUUCCGGAAGGGGGGCGUUAUGUCACGAUCACUGUCUGUUCCUGUCAGUUCCUGGACUCCACUUCCCAUAAUCCUCCCUUCCAAUCACAUGCACCAAUCACCAAUUGCCACACACACCUGCAGAUCAUUACCUGGACUAUUUAAGACACACACACACACACACCCUUUGCGAAGUCUUGAUUUGCCCCGGUGAUCACUUCUGAGCGUUUUCUUGUGGAUUGUAUUUCUGUUGCCAUUGGACUGUUUAUUGGACUGUGUUUGUUUGCCGCCUGCCCUGAUCCUUGCCUGUUAUUUGGACUCUGCUUGUCUGCCGCCUGCCUCGACCAUUGCCUGUCCCUGUUUGUGUCUCUGCCUUUGCCCCUGUCUACUCUGUAAGUACUUUUAAUAAACAAGCUGCAAAUGGA